ACCGUGGGAGCCUUUGGCCUUUGUCGAUUACCUCAUGCUGGGGAUGGUGGGCACGUUCCAAGCCUUCGCCCUGGGCGUGUGCAUCCAUCUAAUUCGUUGGCGGAAGUGGCCACCAUACGUCACCAAGAACGUCGACAUCGUCAUCAUCAUGACGCUCGCCGGUUUCGCGUGGACGUUUGCGUCUGCUCUGCAGAGCGGCCUAAUCCCUCGGAACGAAGGGGACUUCCUGGCCAUCUGCUACAUUGAUACAACCUUGUCGUGGUCGACGCUAGCAGUGCACAUCAUGUCGUUCGCCGUUCGGGUUUACCGGAUGUGGAGGAUUUUGAUCAAGCACGACGACAGCAUGUGGCCCGCAAAGUACCAGGUAAUGGUGAUGUCGAGUAUCAGCCUGGGCCCUCUGCUGGCGGCCGUGCUUGUCCCAGAUCUCCAUUUCUUCGACGAGACUGUCAAUUCUUGCAACACAACGACGGAUUCGAGGAACGUGGUCCUGGCGAUGAACGCCCUGGGGUUCUACCUCAUCUGCUAUCUUUGGUUCGUGUGCACCCGUCAGCUGAGGUGGGUCCGGAAGCAGUUCAACGAGUACGAGGCCAUGAAGUGGACCCUGUCAUGCCUGACUCUGCUCCUGUUCAGCUACGCAGCCGUGGUUGCCAUAAUCCUCAACAAUCAACAUGUGCUCGUCAGAAGAGUGGCCAUUGUGUACCCGGUGCUGUCGACUUACACGCUGCUAUGGGGCUCCGUAGGGGAGCCCGUGGUGAAGAAGUUUACGGGGGACGAGGGCUACCUGUGGUCCUUCACAAAGGGAUUCUCGGAGAUGCCUUCGCCCGCGCAGCUUAAGGCUAGCUUGGCAGAGCAGCUGUCCGUAGAGCAACUUCGGGUCGAGUUUCGGAGAUACAUCGAGACAAAGGUGGCCCAAGAGCUGGUGGACUUUUACCUCGACUCAUUAGACAGGGAGGAGAUCAAGGGUUAUUUCGGCAGACAGGCGGCGACGAUGCGAAUCGUGGAACAGUACAUCAGGGAAGGGAGUCCUGAUCAGGUGAACAUUUCGGGGGAGUGCCGGGAGGAGAUUUUGUCGACGGACGUGACGGCCUACGACAUCUUCGACCGCGCUAGAGCAGAGGUUCUGGCCGUUAUGGAGGCUACUCUUACAGAUUUGGGCGCCAAGGAGGAAACAAUGAUAGUCCUGGUGCGUACCUCGACAUCGUUGAUGUACCAAGUAUGGGGAACGUUUCGUUUUUUUAGCGAAAUGCGGUAAAGGUCCGAGUGAUAUCACACCCCUCAGACAGACUCUCAUAGCUGCAUUGCACCACAGCCGAGAGGCCUGCCAUUGCCGAACAGGGUUGGGUUGGAGGUACCUCUUCGAGGUCUGUCUUUCCUUGCAAGCACCGGUCAGUUUCGUCCCACCCUAAAAGGGUAUGCCGCGACUGAAUUUUGAAAGUCGUGUGGUGGUAUGGAGCAGUUGAGCUUUGAAAGCCGUAUCUGAUCACUCGCACCUUUACGUACCUUUCCCGCAGAUGCGAAGAUUUGUUACGGCCGUUACACCUGUAUCGUGCACCCCGCUAGUGCCGCCCUCCUCUGCAAAAAUUGCACAUUGAACACUUCAACCUCUACGUUUAGAUCUGUUCUUGCCUCCAACAAUGCCGGACAAUACGCUUUCCGACACACGAAUAUCAAGAGUAGAUUCUUGCGCUUGCUUCGGAGGCACCCAGCUUAACAAACACCCAUAUUCCCCUCUGCAUGUCCUGGCUUGUCCUCCCACCCACCUGGCGACGAGUGCAGACCAACUUCCAGAGGGAUUUCGUCGAGACGGAGGGGUUCCGCCGAAUCGUCGACGCGUCCGAGCUGGAGCAGCGCGAGAUCCGCCUCUUUCGGGCGGAGGGCGUCUUGGUCCCGAGCGCUUCACCGACCCCUAUUCGGCGGAGGGCGCCCCCCUCCUCUUUCUCUCCACGGGGCCGCCUGUUGGACUCGUUCAAACGGUUGCCGUUGGUAGGGAGGUUGUUCUCUCCUUCGUCGCCAUCAACCGUAGGAAACGCCGUCGCUUGUUCGUCUUCGGGUGGGGACGCGGCUAGAUGAGAUAGUGGAGGUCGUCGUGAAGAAAAGGAUCAUGGAGCUGUGCGAUGCUGUCCGGGAGGGGGGCGUCAACUUCUGUAUAUUACAAGGCGGUCCACGCAGCGUCAAGCGUGUGAUGGUAUUAAAGAACGGUCACGAAGAGGACGGCGAUGCGGGAAUCGCGACUGGCAUCACCGACGGAAGGACUGCGGACGGUGUUAGCCGUUGGAAAAGUGGAUUACUACAUAGUCUGCUUCGUAUGCUGGAGACUCUCGUACUACUGCAGGCCGCGACAUUGAAGUGGCGCCGAAGGCCGGGUGGGGGGUUAUGCCCGGCUACCGGUGAUGCGAUCGACGGUAUGGUGUUGCUCGGGACAUGACCCCGUGGUUAAGACCCUACUCACAGAUUCAUUCACAUACACGGUGAUGUUUUGGGAGUUUUGGAGUGUGAAUAUCAUUCUAAAUAACAGGCCUGAACGGUUUGUCCAAGGCGACUCGAUAGCUUAUGUCUGUGUCUUUGUAGAUAAGUGGAUUUAGGUGCGUGCGAGGAAUUGAGCUGUAGCAUUUAAGACUUGUAGUCUAGACCCCCAAAAGUUUUCGUUUCUUGUUGCCGUUGAUUCAAACGGCCGUCUUGUUACAAUAGGUUCGCGUGUGUAGGGUUCCGAAGCACAAUAUCUUCAAUUGUACUAGAAAUGUUGUCGUGCUUCUAUUCAAGUUUGCCUGGAAUUGACUAAAUAUAUAUAUGGGUGUGUGUUGUGUUUCGCCAAUACGGCGUACUUUUUUGGCAAGACAACGCGGGAAGCGACAGAAGAAGGAAGCGGGUAAUCAUGCAUCACAUGGCCUUCGUAUUUUGUGUCGUGAGAAGUGAUGUGAUGGUGAUAGAAUUAUUUGAAGCAAGGUCUUGCAGCCU